AGAAUUGCAGCUGCCGACCUUUCUCCUGGCUUUAUGUAUUUUGGGAGCAGCAUCCAUGGAAACCUGGAUAUGAAUGAAGACAAGCUGGUGGAUCUUGCUGUGGGCUCCCGUGGAAGUGCUGUCCUAUUAUGGUCCCGCAGUGUGGUCCAAAUCAAUGCCACCCUCCAGUUUGAGCCCUCCAAAAUCAACAUCUUCACCAAGGACUGUGUUCGGAAUGGCAAGGAGGCCACCUGUCUGUCAGCCUUUGUUUGCUUCACUGCCGUUUUUCUCUCCGCUCAUUUUCAGUCAGCUCAUGUAGCAUUGAAUUACAACCUCACCAUUGAUGAACGACGAUAUGUGCCACGAGCCUACCUGGAUGAAAAUGGAGAGAGACUUGCCCACAAGGCAGCCACCUUGCUUGCCAGGCAGGAACAUUGUGACAGUAUGGAUUUUCAUGUCUUGGAUACAGCGGAUUAUGUGAAGCCGGUGACCUUCUCUGUUGAUUAUGCCCUAAAGAGUCCUGAGACUGGACCAGUGAUGGAUGAUGGGUGGCCAACUUCACUGAAAGUGGCUGUCCCAUUCUGGAACGGAUGCAACGAAGAUGAGCACUGCAUCCCUAAUUUGGUUCUUGAUGCUAAAACAGAUGUCCCAACUGCAAUGGAAUAUUGCAGACGGGUCCUGAGAAAAUCUCACUCGGAUUGCUCCGCCUACACGCUGUCUUUUGAUACCUCCAUUUUUGUCAUAGAGAGUGCCAGAAGGAGGGUAGCAGUAGAAGCCCUGUUGGAGAACAGAGGAGAAAAUGCAUAUAACACCAUUCUAAACAUUUCCUUCUCAAGAAACCUGCAGUUUGCAAGCUUGAUUCAGAAGGAUGACCCGGAUAUUAACAUAGAAUGUAUGUCUGAGGAGAAACAUUCAAACAGCAGAGUUUGCAAUGUCAGCUACCCCUUCUUCCGGGC